AUGAGGAAUUUAACAGGAAAUGGCGGCAUUGGCAAAGAAAGAGUGCUUCUUCCAAUUAUUGAUCUUGGUUUAUACUUGAAUGAUAAGAAUUCUGAACUGGCAAUUGAAGAAUGUCAUAAAACAGCAAAAGCAUUAAAAGAUUAUGGUGCCUUAUUGAUUAAAGAUCCUCGUGUGACGGAAGAUGAUAAUUCCAGGUUUUUGGAUUUACUUGAAGAUUAUUUUGAUCAGCCUUUUGAAACAAAACUUAAAGAUGCGCGCCCAGAAGUUGGAUACCAAGUUGGUGUAACACCUGAAUUGAUAGAAGAACCAAAAUGUCAUCAAAGUCGACCUUUGAUUUCAGAAAGACCUGAUCCAAAAUGGAGAUUUUUUUGGAGAAUUGGUGAGCUUCCUGAACAAAAAAAGUUUCCACAACUUAAUUCUGAUCCUGUUGUGCCUGAAGCUCCCAAGGAUAUGUGGUCAACAAUCAUAAGUCAAUAUGGCAAACAAUUACACCAAGCUGUUGUAUAUCUGGUGGAAAUGACAUCUGUUGGAUUUGGAAUGCCUGCAAAUUAUUUACCAGAUCUUACAAAAAAAGGACCACAUCUUUUAGCACCUACUGGAAGUGAUUUAAACAAAUAUGGAAAACUUGGAACCAUAUUAGCUGGUGAAUUGGCAAAAUAA